AUGUCCCCAGCUACAAGCGACCCAGCUUCUUGCAUCCGCAGGGCCCAGCCCCUUACCGUCGUUAUCAAACUAGGCACUAGUUCGAUUGUCGACGAAAAGACUCAUGAGCCUCUCCUGCCUAUCCUGACCUUGAUUGUCGAUACCGCUGUCAAGCUUCGCAAGGAAGGCCACCGAGUCGUCAUCGUCUCUUCCGGUGCCAUUGGCGUUGGUUUGAGACGCAUGGACGUUGAUCGCCGUCCCAAGCAUCUGGCCCAGCUUCAGGCCCUGGCUGCUAUUGGACAGUGCCGUCUCAUUUCCCUCUGGGACAGCCUGUUUAGUCACUUGGACCAGCCUAUUGCUCAAAUCCUUCUUACCAGGAAUGACAUUGCCGACCGCACCCGUUACAUCAACGCCCAAAAUACGUUCAACGAGUUGCUGGACAUUGGCGUUAUUCCCAUUGUCAACGAAAACGAUACCCUCGCCGUGUCGGAAAUCAAGUUCGGUGACAAUGACACCCUUUCCGCCAUUACCGCGGCCAUGAUCCACGCCGACAUGCUUUUCCUCAUGACGGAUGUCGACUGUCUCUAUGACAAGAACCCCCGUUCGCACGCUGAUGCCCGUGCAAUCGAGGUUGUCGAUGACAUUGGCGCUCUCGAGGCUGAUGUGUCGAGUGCUGGCUCCUCCGUGGGCACCGGUGGAAUGGCUACCAAGAUUAUUGCUGCCAAGCUGGGCACCUCGGCUGGCGUGACGACCAUCAUCACUCGGUCGUCGAAUCCUGGCAAUAUCCUGGGCAUCGUCAACUACCUCUACAGCUCUCCCAGAUCCUCGGUGAUAGAGGAUCCUGACAACGUCAACCCCCUCUCCCGCACCACUUCCUUCAGCCUCUUGUCCUCGGGUCUUGACCAGAACGGCCCGCCCCUUCACACCCGCUUCCUUCCUUCUAGCGAUCCCAUCCGCGAUCGCCACUUCUGGCUCCUUCACACUCCCAGCCCCCACGGCACCGUCUACAUUGACGCCGGCGCCCACAAGGCGCUGCUCGGCAAGGCCGGCCUCCUGCCCGUCGGCGUCGUCGACGUCGAGGGCAACUUUGCCUCGCACGAGCCUGUGCGCAUCGUGGCCGUAAACCGCCGCAAGACGCCCGGCCCCGACGGCAAGAUGUGGGACGGCGUCCCCGAGGAGGUUGGCCGCGCUCUGGUCAACUACGCCUCGACGGAGAUUUUCCGCAUCAUGGGACACCAGAGUGCCGACAUUGGCGAGCUGCUCGGCUACGCCGACAGCGAGUACGUCGCCCACAGAUCGCACAUUGCCUUUCUUCGCAAUAACAGCCGUCCUGUGUCACCCGUCGUCCCGAUCAAGGUCCUCAACAGCAGCCGGCCCGUGUCUCCCAUCGUCCCGAUUGCCUAA